UUAAGUGCACCACAUCCUAGUCCUACUGGGUGGUCACCAUGGCAACGUGAACGUCGUCAUGCCAACGUUAUCUUCACCAAAGUUGCUAGCUAGCUACUUUUUAUUUUAAGUACACCUUUCUUACCACUAAGUUGAAAUGGCUGGCAGUUUGUCGUUGAAAGAAUCAGUUCUGGUCUAUUUAGACAGAAGUGGUGGCCUUCAGAAACUGGCCGAAGAUUGCAAAAGAUACAACGACCCACAACAGAUUGAGGCAGUCUACAGGUUUUGUAUCAGUGUGAAUCCCUCUGAUGUGAUAGAGGUGGAUCCUGUAUUGGGUGACUGUGUUCUGUGUGAUCCCAUAAGAGCAACAGCGUUGUUUCAGUCUGUUUGCUUCCUGGCAAUAAAGACACUUUCACUUGUUGAAAAAAUACACACAGAGAGUCAGGUGAAUGUGAUUCUGAAGUUGACACAUCUGCCUCCUUUCCCUGAGUACACGUUGGACCUUUGUAGUUUCCCUCGCGGAUAUGGGCCCAUGAGGCCUGUCUCUAUGGAGGGCCUUGUCAUUGCCAUGACAAGGGUCACGAAAUACACCCAGGGUGCCAGGUUCCUCUGCAUUAAUGAUGACUGUGUCUGCUCUACAGGGUUCCACCAUAUUCGUGUCCAUGCACCUGGAGCCACAGAGUCAGCUACUGUGAGAAACAACUUCACCUGUAUGAUCUGCAGCUCCCAACUGAAAGAGGAUGUGAAGUUUAGAGUGUUGGGAGACAAACAGCUUGUGGAGCUGAUCCACGUCAAAGCACUGAAUGUUCUAAGUGCCCAUCAGCAAAGCUCCUUCAGGUAUCAGUCCGUCACCCUGUUUCUUAGAGAUGAGCUGUGUAAUUCAAUGAGAAUCGGUCAACUCUACAGGGUGUUGGGCAUUCCUGCGCAUGUGCACCAAUGGCCCAGCAUCACCUGGAGUGUAGAGGCAAAUAGCGUCCAACCAUGGGAGCCAGAGUAUCCCCAUAAGGUCAGUGCCAGCUUUCAGGAGCUGUUGAAGGCCACAGCCGGUUCUCCCUGGAGGUUUUCUGCCAUUGUGGCUCACUACUUUGGGUUGGAUGUGGCUCCUCCAGGCACAUACAACACCCUCAAGCUGAGCUUGUUACUCAGCAUAGUGCAGACUAGAGCAGAUGCAAAAGACACACAUCACAACUUGGAUCUCCUAGUUGUCACCACUGAUACUCUCAUAAUAGACAGACUAAUGACAUAUAGCAUGAGCUUGGCGUGUCGAGGGGUCAGGCAUCAGGCCUCUGGGGAGAUGUUUGCAUCUCUGUCCCGGGACGAACACGGAGCAGGCACUGCUAACAUCCAUGCUGGCUCCGCCCUGCUAGCUACUGGUGGCAUUUGCAUGUUGGGAGAUCUGGGCUGUUACAAAAAGGAUAGGUUGGAUGCCAUUCAGUCAGUUCUGGAGAGCAGCACAGUGACUGUGUUCAUCCCAGGGAAGAAGUAUGGUGAGGAUGCUGACCAGCAGCUUUCCUUACCAGUCCACUGCAGCUUCUGGGCCCUCGCAGACGCCACGUCUGGAAGGGCAGACUGUACUCUACUGGGAACAGCAGACAUGGGUCCCGUACCAACACAGUUGGCAGAUGCCUUUGGCCUGAUCCUUCAGUGUAGGGCUACGGUGGGAGAGCAGGCCCUGCUUGCUCAGACCAUCCACACCCUUCAGCAGGCAGUGCAGCCUGGAAAACCUCUCUACCCAUCCUGCUGGGAGUUUUCUACUCAAGACUACCACGAGCUGGUAGCUCAUGCCCAGACUUUGCAAGUGGAGCUCAGCCCUGGAGCAGAGAAAAUCAUCCACGGUUACUACAUGGCUAGCCGUAGAGUCCGAACACAGAGCCAGGGUGUCAAGAUGUCUGUGGCCUCCAUCAAACUACUGAUCUCUUUGGCUGAGGCCCAUUGUAAGUUGUGUCUCAGAUCACAAGUACAAGAGGAAGAUGCCGUGAUUGCAGUACUCCUUUGUGAAAACUCAGUCACUCUCAAACAUGGGGCAUCUGCCCUCGUUGUUCCACCCGAUGCAGUGUUUCCUUGUGACCUGGGAGAUGUGGAUGGUUUCCACAAGAGAGACAAGACCCUAGAUGAACUGCACCAGAAUAUACUACGCUUUAUAUAUGCCUACGCACCAGGAGCCGAUACGUACAUCACAGAGGAGUAGCCGUCAAGGUUCAGAACACAGGUAGGCAGCACAAGAUCACACAACCAACUGAUAGGACACUGGAGGCCC